AUGUCACAAACUUACCCCAUCGGCACUCGCUCUGAGAGCGAGCGUCUGGUGAAGGAGUGGGGAUUUCGCCACGUCUUUACUUGGUCAGAUGGGAGAGAGAGGGUUAUUAGCAAUGCUUACUACUCUCCUCAUACCCACGGAGGUCUUACAACUCAUUUAAUCCGCCGGGGCUCUCUGACGAUCACCUAUCCAGAAGACAAUGCCAAGCUGCAUAACGGAGAAGUCAAGAAGGAGACUUUUGGUGUCGGAGCACGAAUCGAUGUACCGGCUGGGAAAGUUCAUGAAGUUUGGAUUGGGGAGGAUGGAUGUGAAUAUGUCAUUGGAGAGUAG